CCUCUGUUGCAGGUGGAGACGUAUAAAAGCUUCCGUCCUGGAGACAUCGUCCUGGCUAAAGUCAUCUCCCUGGGAGACGUCCAGUCCAACUACCUGUUGACCACAGCAGAGAACGCUGGGGUGGUGGUAGCCCACAGUGAAGCAGGAGCCCAGAUGGUGCCUAUCAGCUGGUGUGAGAUGCAGUGCCCACGGACACACGCCAAAGAGUUCCGCAAGGUGGCCAGGGUGCAACCUGAGUACCUGCAGGCCUGAGCAGGGACCAGUGGGCGGCGUGCACCCCUCACCUCUCCAGCCCCCCCGGCAGGGACCCCUUUCCCCUCCUCAAGGAACACACAGCUUCCCUAUCUCUGAUAGAGAGACAAACUCACUCACACUUGGAUUGUGAAAGAUGCAUUGUCUACAAAGGACCAAAAUGUUUUAGAGGUCAUGUACAGAUGCUUGGACAUGAUGCUUAUAUAGUACACGGGUCAUUGACCUGACACACACAGAGCCUUAUUUUCAGGGGGAUACCUCAACAGUAGAUUCCUCCCUCUACAACCUACAGCAAGGCAGCAUUUUUUCCCUCCAGGUCCUGGAGGGCUACAGUAGAGGUGCAGGAUUUUGUUCCAACCCAGCACUAGGACACCUGAUUCAACUGAUCACUGGGGCCUUGAUUGGCUGACUCAGUCUCGUUAGUGCUGGACUAGAAUAAAAGCCUGCACCUCUACUGUAGCCUUGUAGAACCAGGUGAGAGAGAUGCUGCCUUGCUGUAGGUUGUAGAGGAGGAAUCUACUGGGCUACAAUACUAGCCCUUUAGAAGCAGGAAUAAAUAACAUCCGGGGUCACCUUCUGAUCCCAGGUCACCUUCUGAUCCCGGGUCACCGUCUGAUCCGGGGUCACCGUCUGAUCCCAUACCCUUCUCCCUGAAGUGUGCUCUCAUGUAUCCCCCAUGGAUUUACUAGCAUCUCUUCCACCAGUCCUUUUAAAUCCAUGAGGGGUAGUGAAUGAGUGCACACUUUUUUUUGGGGGGGGGGUUAUAGAAUCAGUCCACAGCACUGGGGUGACAGUCACCAGUACAGACAGGCCCAAUUCCAAAUCGACCCUUAAACCCAACACGCUAGUGAGUAGGGCUUGAUUUGUGAUCGGGCCUUAGACGGCUAACAGCUGGGAUGUUGAAGGGCUGGAAUUGAAACUGUCGUUUUGUGGCGGCACCGUUAGAGACUCAUACGACCACGUGGACCUUUCUGCACCAAGUCAGAGAAAUGGAGAUGUCUAGUUGGUUCUCUCUUAGUUGUUUCUUCUGUCGUUUCAAAACAAUACUUCUCGUUUCUUCGUCUCUCUCAUUUCUUCCUGUACUUGUCAGCAGAGGCACAUGUGUUUUUAAGAGUCAAAUAAAGUGAAUCAUGUAUGAACUACUCA